GAUCCGUACUGUGAGUGAUCCGUGCUGUGAGUGAUCCGUGCUGUGAGUGAUCCGUACUGUGAAUGAUCCGUACUGUGAGUUAAUUUCGUUUGUUGUUUUCAGACCAGCUCUUCAAAACAAGAUGUAUCAUCAAAUCGUUCUGAGCAUCUCUGUGCUGCUGGGCUUUCUUCACAUGGCAGCUGCCCAUUGUAUGGUCCAUGAGGUUCAUCCCAGGAGCUUUACAUUACCGUGCCUGCUGCUGAAUGAGACAUCUUGGAGUCCUUCUGCUGCUGGAGUUGUACAGAGCUGGUCUGGUUUAAGGAGAGAGUAUGGAGCUGCUGAAACCAGCCCUUCUUUGCCAAUGGAUGAGGAAAGUUUUCUGUGUUGCCAUUGGAGCAAUAACAGCACUAACUGUUCUUUGUACAGAGCAAACAUGGAAGUGAGGAUGCUUAUUCCUUCAGAAAUAAGCAUCUCUGCAUCUCAGGAAAGAGAUUCAAAUUGGAACAUUGAAUGUUGGGUUGAAGGCAAGCUGGAUCUCUUAGUUUGUAGCCUGCAGUUCCUGAAGUUUCACAUGAGACUUGAUACGAAGGUUCAUCUUUUAUAUGCUGUGUCAGAGCUGUCACUGGGAGAUACAUCUACCAGCUCUCUGAAGGGGGCUGCCCUGGCUGCUCAGUGUAACUGCAGUGAGUGUGGCAAGUGUGAGUGCCAUGUGCCUUCCCCAAGCCUCAACCACACUUACAUCAUGUGGCUGCAGAUCGUGACUGGUGUAACACCUCUUUGGUCACCCUUGAUGGCAGUCAAGCCCAUAGAUAUAGUAAAGCCUGAACCCCCUUUGAAUGUGCAUCUGGAAAUGACAGAGAGAGGUCAAGUGAAGAUCUGCUGGUCUGAGCCUGCACCGAUGCCAUACCCCCUCCGGUAUGAAGUCAACAUCUCUGGAAGUUCGGGUCAAAACAGCUGGCAGGUGGCUCAAGUUGCUUUAAAUACCUCAUUAGACGUAGACAAUACGCUGCUUGACUCUUCCUCCUUUGCUCAAGUGCGGUGCAAGAAUUAUUAUGGUCCCGGGUUCUGGAGUGAGUGGAGCACGCUGUAUAACCUGAAUGUGGGAGCUGAAGUGCUGUACUUCCCUACCAAGAUGCUGACCAGUGUUGGGUCUAACGUUUCAUUUCAUUGCAUCUAUAAAAACAAAACCAAGAGUGUAGCGUCCAAGAAGAUUGUUUGGUGGCUGAACUUAGCAGAAGAAAUCCCAGAAAGUCAAUAUACGCUUGUGAACGAUCGCGUAAGCAAAGUUACUCUUUUCAACUUGAAAGCAACAAAACCUAGAGGAAGUUUCUUCUAUAACGCGUUGUACUGUUGCCAUCAAAAUAGGGAAUGUCAUCAUAGAUACGCUGAAUUAUAUGUAGUAGAUGUGAAUAUCAAUAUCAAAUGUGAAACUGAUGGGUACUUAACUAAAAUGACUUGCAGAUGGUCUGCAAACCCAAACGCAUUGCUCUUGGGGAGUUCCUUGCAGUUAAGAUACCACAGGAGCAAAAUUUAUUGUUCUAACUUUCCAAGUACUCCUCCAGAAUCAGAGGUGAAAGAAUGCCAUUGCCAGAGGAAUCAUUCUUAUGAGUGCACAUUUCAGCCUGUUUUUCUUUUAUCUGGAUACACCAUGUGGAUCGAGUUUAAGCACUCACUGGGAACACUUGAAUCCCCACCGACCUGUGUUGUUCCAGCAGAUGUGGUGAAGCCACUUCCUCCCUCCAACAUUAAAGCAGAGAUCACCAGAAAUGAUGGGCUGCUGAACGUGAGCUGGACAAACCCCGUGUUUACAAAUGAUGACCUUAAGUUUCAGAUCCGGUAUGCAGUGAACAAGGAGGAACUCACAUGGGAGCUGUAUGAAGUUGUAAGCGUACCAACAAGAUCGGCUGUGAUAGAAGUGCAACUUUGUGUUGAAUAUAUUGUUCAGAUCCGCUGCAGAGCCCUGGAUGGUUUAGGCUACUGGAGCAACUGGAGCAGAUCAGCCCAUGCAGCUGUAAAAGAUAUCCAAGCUCCCUUACAUGGCCCUGAGUUUUGGAGGACUAUUACUGAAGAUCCAGCAACGGGGCAGAGGAACGUUACGCUCCUGUGGAAGCCACUGAUGAAGAAUCAUGCAUUGUGCAGUGUGAGCCACUACAUCGUAAAGCAUCAGACGUCAGAAAACACCUCGUGGUCAGAAUAUGUCGACAGAGGCACCACCUGCUCAUUUCCAUGGACUGAACACACGCACACCAUUACAAUUUUAGCUGUGAACUCAAUUGGAGCUUCUUCAGUUAAUUUUAAUCUGACUCUAUCACGGCAAAUGAGCACAGUGAACGCUGUGCAGUCUCUCAUUGCUUACCCAGUGAACGGCACGUGUGUGAUUCUGACUUGGACACUUUCGCCUCAAAAACAUGUGAUAACAUCUUUUAUCAUUGAGUGGAGAAACCUUAACAAAGAAGAGGAGAUGAAAUGGGUGCGAGUUCCUCCAAAUAUUAGUAAAUACUAUAUUUAUGAUCACUUCAUUCUGAUUGAGAAGUACCGGUUCAGCCUGUACCCCGUGUUUGCUGCAGGAGUUGGCAAAUCCAGAGCCACGGAGCAGUUCACCAAAGAUGGAUACACCAGUCAGACCAGUCCUACCCUCUAUAUGGUUCUGCCAGUAGUUCUUUCAGCCUCCGCGCUGUUGCUUGGGGCACUGCUGGUGUUGCACCGAAGAAUGAAGAAGCUGCUCUGGGAAGAUGUUCCAAACCCCAAGAAUUGCUCGUGGGCACGAGGAGUUGAUUUUCAGCAGCCUGAAACUUUUGAGCACCUUUUUGUCAAGCACCCUGAAGCAACGUCAUUUGAGCCUCUUCUUCUGGAGCCAGAAAUAGUGCUGGAAGACAUCAGUGCUGCUAAAGCUUUGAAACAAGAAGACACACAAGAUUUCUCAGCAAUGGAUUCCAUGUUCCCAAAAGCAGCAGGCUCUGAGCACGACUCCGCAUGUUCCAGCAGCCCUAUCAGCGGUCGCAGCUUCUCGGGGUGCUCCCCCAGUGACCCAACCACUGCAGAGACGAGUCAGUCCAAUGUUAAGUAUGCUGCUGUUAUCAGUAACUCCGGGUCAGCUGGGCUUUACAAACAGAGCAAGAACCCUGGGAGUUUUGGUAGGUGUUUGCUAGCUGAAGGCUCCUUGGCUGCAGCUGCUUGCUCAGGUAGCUCCUGGGAGCUGGGGAGCGAGGCAUUCCUCCUGCUGCCUGACCAGCCUGACAGCCGGCCCUGCAGGACCCUUAUAUUUUCAGAGGGAUUUUCAGAGCCUUCAGAGCAGGAUGGUGCUUUCACAGCUGGAGGUCCGGAGCGAGGUCUCUGUUACCUGGGGAUGACAUCAUUGGGCAAAAGAGAAAAUGGCAUUUUUUUAACACAGAGCUCCAGACUGAGGUGCCAUUUCCAUACAGCUGAUCUACUCAGAGGUGUGGGGUUUCUUCAGGAUACACCUCCUAAUUUAAAUGCAUUUAUCCAGAGCAGCAUUAAAGCCAUCGUGCCAUACAUGCCGCAGUUUCAGAUGACUGCUGCCAAGGUGCAGGAGACCACAGAGAACAGCUGUUAAGCCCUCAUGCCUUAAUUUCGUGCUCUUUAUGGCUUUCUAAGCGUAGGUACGUGCCCUGCUUUUCUCUCUCCUAUCUUCUCUUAGGAAGGUUGGGUAGCUGGAAGUGAAGGAACCACAUUACUGAUGUUGAACACGAGACUGUGGUACGAGUGGUAUCACGGUACAGCUCACAUUUCCUCCAGACCCCCUCCAUAAGAACCCGCAGCAGAAAUGGCAGGAAGCUGAGCCAGGAAUGCUGUGCUGUACCUGCAGUGAGCUCACCUGUCUGUGUGGGUGUGAGGGAGUCAGGGUGAGUCCAGCCGCCCUGCUGAGCUCAGCCAAAGGGCCUCAACUGUGAGCAGGAAUCAGGUCCUGCAUCCCAGAGGGACCUUCUGGGAUACGCAGGUAAACCAACCCACAGUUCUGCAAGCCAAAUAGGAUUUUUCUACUUUAUAGUUGGUAAAUAUUUUUGUAUACGUACUUCUUCAAAGAUCUGUUUGGGAAAGCUAUGACCGGUGAAAAUGUUGUGCAUCCCGAAGCUAAAUUUAUGUGAAACGUAUGUAGGCGAGGAGAAACAAAAGGGCAAAACUCAUCAGCGACAGUAAAUAGUAGCAGAGUGAGCGUGUGUUGGGAAUAGGAAAUCUUGUGGAGCAAAAGGGAGCAAAGCAGGAGCGUGUUUGCACUUGCAGAGAAGCUUUGCAGGCAGCUCCCUGGGCUGGGAAGGUGCUGGCAUUGCUUGAGAUGGGGUUUUGUUGCUGCUGCUGCAGUGCAGCCGUGUCCGUGCCUGGAGGAACAGUGCCCUGCCUGCUGCAGAGCUUGCAGAUGGGAUGCAUGCGGUGCAGCUCUCUGUAGACCACAAUAAUAAAGGCAUGGUUCAUCACGA